AUGCCUCCCAAGAAACCCCCACCACCCCCGCCCGACGCCAAAUCGUACCCCCGAGACGUCACAAACAAAGAGCUCGGUGCGGCGUACGAUUACUUAGAUAAGGGCGACGGCGAGCGCGCUUUAAAGGCGCUCGACCGCGCGCUAAAAAAGUACCCUCACUGGCAGCUCGCCCAAGCGCUUCGCGCGAUCGCGCUGUGGCGAUCGGAGGGUUUGAACGCGCGCGAUGAAGUCUUAAAGAUCGCUCGGGACGUUCGCGACGAUGGCGUCGUGGACGAGGACGUCUUGCGAGUGGUCACCAUGGCGUUCGACGAGCUCGGCGCGACGGAUGACAUGGUUGAGCUCACGGAGAGCGUGUUGAGGAGUAAUCCGACGCGAUUGGAGUCUUUUAACACUCUGUACGUGUUACACGGGAAAGCGUGGGCGUUUGCGAAGCAGCAGAGCGCGGUGAUGCGGCGGUACAAGGUGACGGGGGAUUCGAAGGAUUUAAUGCGAGCCGUGGCGGCAAUGCUGGCGCAGCGCGACGAGGCGGAGGCUGCGCCGAGGCACCGCGCGAGCGAGAGCACGUCUACGGGGAUGGGACCCGAUGGUUUGUUGAAGUUGGCGCAUGGCAUGAUGAGUAAGAUCCACGCGAAGGGUGAGUUGAAGGAUCGAGACUCGUUCGUGAUGUACGCGAGCGCGCUCGCGGGGCUUGGACGAUGCGAAGAGGCGUACGAGUUUACGCUCUCUGAGCUCGCGGUUUUGUGCGUGCCGAUGUCAAUCGAUCGCGAGCGCAUGCGUGCCAUGUAUGCGUUGAAGGCGGGGAAGCACGUGGAGGCUCGAAAGCACCACGAGAACGUACUCGAGCUCGCACCGGACGAUUGGGCGUCCAUGAACGCGAUAUUAGAUUUGUGCCGAGACAGCUCAGAGUUGGCUAAGAUGUGCGAGGAGAUAGGAAAGAUGAAAGUCACCACCUCGGGAUUCGAGGGUGACGAUCGAGCAUCAUACUUUCCGACGAUUCGAAAGAAGGGGCAGCCCAUCGAUGAAGCCUCGGCUUCGGCCUUCGUGGACGGCAUCGUUGCGAACGCCGAGGCCAAGGGAGGCGCGCGAGCCAUCGGACGCGGAGCUUACAUCUUGAGAGCUGAGCUCUUGUGUAGACUCGUGGACGCUGAACGAACCGAGGCACGAGAGAUGGCGCUCGCAGACGAGGUCGCGAACUAUCACGACCGAUUUAGUAGCUGGAAUAGCUGCGCGCAGGACAUGAGGCGAUAUGCACAAGCGCUCGCGCACUGCUCGAGUGGCGCUCGCGACAAGCUCAUUUCGACGCUCAUAGACCGUAGUUCGGUCGAAGUUCCGGCGCUCGCCGAAGAUGACGAAGAUUCCAAGAAGCGAGCGCUCGACGUACUGCGUAAGAAGACGUCGGCGUUGUUGAUUUGCGCCGACUUGAACGCGUUCUGCCCCAGGUGGCAUGGCGGUAAGACCUCGUCGCUGCCAACGGCUGACAUGCACGUGGCUAAGGGCUUCAUGAAGGAAUAUUUUGACCACAGAAAGAUCGUGUCGAACGUCGACGCGCGGGAGCAAACGCCUGUGGACGCGUAUCCGUAUUUGGCGUCUCUUUGCCUCGUCAACGAGGCAGCUUUGAAGAAGGGAUCGGACGACGAAGCCGCGGUAAAGGCGCUUCUCGCCGCAGCCGCCGUUCUGGAGAUUGGUCUGCAGAAAUCGCCACACCACUCUACGCUCAGUUUUUCUCUCGCUGCGAUCUACACGAUUCUUGGCGCCGCCGAAAAGGCGCUCGAAGUUCUCGGCAAGGUGGACAUGAAGCACGUGCAGAUGGCCACGCUUUUGCACCACGCGCUGCCCGCGUGCGCGGCGGGUGGGCACACGAAGUCGCUUCAAGUCUUCGAGCGACUCGACUAUUUACGAUGGGAAAUCGAUGAACACAUCGCGGAGAUGGCGGUUCAGGCUGGCAUGAAUGCCAAGUUUACAAAAAUUCUCGAGUUUGCGGAGUUCCAUCGCACGCUCGCGCGAGCGCACUCCAUUCAAUCCGGCGAGGCGCUCGUGUCCUGGAACCUAAUCACAAACAGAAUGCAUCGAUGCGUACGACGCGCGGAAGAGUUUGACGCGCAAUAUGACGCCAUCGUCCAAGCUCUCGAGGGAUACGCGAUGAACACCGGAAGCUUGGUCGACGUGUCGCCGGACCGCGCGGGAUGGAACGAAGACGACGCCAAGUUUGACGCGGCGACGUACGUAGACGAUUUCAAAACGAACCCGCCGUGGAUGGCCCCGUGUGCCGAAGACCCAGCGUUCACGGGAGAAAUUUGGUGGACAAACUCGAUCGAGACGAGUCAUGGAUCGGACGAGGACGCGUACUCGUGGUACUACCGCGGCGCGCGAGCCACUCGGCGCCGCCGUUCGCUGUUGCUCAACGCUCUCUGUGCGAGGCACCGCCACAAAGAUGACCCCACGGUAGCGGCCGGGGAGAUCGAGAGAUGCAAAUCGCUGUUGAAUCAGCUCAAAAGCGCCGCCGGCGCCGCGUCGAGCGAGCGAGACGGCUCCCAGGCGGCGCUGGCGCGAGACGUCGAGUUUGCCCUCGUCGAUUUGGCGAUACACGUCGACGACGCCAGUCGAGCGGCUUUGCGAAGAGCGUGCGAUACAUUUUGCGAGCGAUCGCUCGAGAUGUUGCGCGCGGGAGACAUCACGCGCGCGCUCGCCCGAGGAUCCUUCGCGGUCGCGUAUCACGCGCGUUCGUACGCGCUCGCGACGCGUCUCGCGAACGUCCUCUCCGGCGUCGACCCGUACGCAGCCGACGACACCACCGAGCGUCUCGACGCUUUCGAGCGCGCGACCGCGGCGUUCAUCGACGGCGAGUCACUCGAGAGCAAGUUUACCGCGCUCGGAAACGAUACCGUCGCGUGGUACGGCUCCGACGACGAAGAGUUGAACGACGCCGUCGCGCGCGUCGCCGCGUCGUGCGCCGCCUCGUUCCGCGUCGCCCUCGUCGGGACAGCCCGUGAUGGCUAA